AGAUUGUAGUUAUUCUGAACUCUGAAAAACUUCCCUUUAUCUGUCGGAACUUAUACUCUACACUUGGAGUGGCCAAAACCACAGAAUGUCCUCUUAUACAUGUCAAGGGGAAGGUGUAAUCAAAAGUCGUGACUGUGUCUUGAUUUACAAAUCAGGGAGAGAGGGGGAUGAAAACCACGCUCCAGACAGUAACUUAAUCGAACUCACCACCAAGAUAUUAAAAGUGAAGAGGCUGGAAAAAAUCACCACGUGUUACAACAGUAACCAUCUGGAGAAAAUGGCCUUUUUCCAGUGCAUUGAAAAGGAUGAGAAGAUGAAAUCUUUUCUGGAAAAAAGUUCUAGUGAACAUGAUUCAGGAUCUGGAAAUAACGAGGCUGAGGAGAAGGUGUGGUUAUACUCUGACCUGAAGGAAACGGCACCUGUCAAAGGAAAGAGGACAUCAGCUCUCACAGAUAGAUCUUCCCAGAAGAACCAGCUGUCUUCUGACAAAGAAUAUGUUAAUAAACUCAACAAGAAAAAUUCUGAGAAGACCAAUGCCUCUCUAGUUCAGAGAAAUUUUGCCACAUUUCAUACAAGAAGACAACAAGAUGAGGUAGAAGAUUUUGUUCUAAGAAAGCCCAUAGAGCCAAGAGAAGAUACAGAUAGAAGAGACAUUUUAUGCACACAGAGAGUGAAAAGACAAGAAAACAAUAGUGCUGGAGAUGAUAAACAAGUUACUGUGGAUAAAACUGAAUGUCCAGUGUUCAAAGAAAAGGAAAAGGGGCUUCAUUCUAAGGAAGAUACCAAUGAAAGAGAACCUGAGAAAAAAAGAGGGUCAUUGAUUGCAAAUGAAGCAGUGAUGGACAAGUGUUCAAAUAAAAAGCAAAAUGAUGAUAAAACUAAUGGUGAUCAGUUCUGUAAAAGAGCAUAUCCUUUCGAAGAUCAAGAAUUGAGUGAUGAUCAGAUUUAUCUGUGUAUCACCAAUGUAAAAGCCAUUUCCACAUCACAAGUCCUGGGAAAUGCAGCAAUAAGACCCAUUUUCCAGGAUGCUGAACAAACAGAACAUGCUAUCAGUAGUAAGUGGAGUGUGAUGGAAGAGCGAUUCAUCAAAGAGGACAGCAAAAAGUGCAGAACAGAUGUAGCGGGGACAGCUGAAGGACACACAUUGAGAAGGACACAGGAAACCAGACAAGUCCAGGGGCACUCACAAGACCAACCCCUGGAGUCCGCUGGAAUUCAGACCUCCAGGCAGCAAGAUCUGGUGACUCCUUUGGAUGACUGCCUGGCUCCUCCUGCACCCUUCCAUCACCGGAUUGUAACAGCUAAACAGACAGCCAUCAACAGUUUUUAUACUAUGAGCAGAACAGAAAUUUUAGGAGGGGGGCGCUUUGGCCAGGUUCACAAGUGUGAGGAGAAAGCAACAGGUCUGAAGCUGGCCGCCAAGAUCAUCAAGACCAGAGGCAGGAAGGAUAAGGAUGAAGUGAAGAAUGAGAUCACUGUCAUGAACCAGCUGGAUCACGUGAACCUCAUUCAGCUCUAUGAUGCCUUUGAGUCUAAGAAUGACAUUGUCCUGGUCAUGGAGUAUGUGGAUGGAGGUGAGCUGUUUGACCGGAUCAUUGAUGACAACUACAAUUUGACUGAGCUUGAUGCCAUCCUCUUCAUCAAGCAGAUAUGUGAAGGAAUACGACACAUGCAUCAGAUGUACAUUCUCCAUUUGGACCUGAAGCCUGAGAAUAUCCUGUGUGUGAAUCGGGAUACUAAACAAAUAAAAAUUAUUGAUUUUGGAUUGGCCAGAAGAUACAAACCCAGAGAGAAGCUGAAGGUGAACUUUGGAACUCCAGAAUUUCUUGCCCCUGAAGUUGUGAACUAUGAUUUUGUUUCCUUUCCCACUGACAUGUGGAGCGUGGGGGUCAUUGCCUAUAUGUUACUUAGUGGUUUGUCCCCCUUCCUGGGUGAUAACGAUGCUGAGACCCUGAACAAUAUCCUGGCCUGCAGGUGGGACUUAGAGGAGGAAGAAUUUCAAAACAUCUCAGAGGAGGCCAAGGAGUUCAUCUCCAAGCUUCUAAUUAAGGAGAAGAGUUGGAGAAUAAGUGCAAGUGAAGCUCUCAAGCACCCUUGGUUGUCAGAUCAAAAGCUCCACUCCAGACUCAAAACACAGGAAAACUGCUGGAGUUGCUGCUGCUUUGAGAUUUUUGGAAAAAUCAGCAGUUCUGAUGCCUUGACCUCCAUGAUGACUGGUGGCCUUGGGAACGUGGGGGCUGCUGCACUGGAACACAGAGCACCCUGUUCCGGGGGGACUCCCAGAGCUUUGGUUCCAGGGGUACAGACAAGCCCUAAACCUUUUUCCUCACUUUCCACGCUCCAUGGUAGUGCACAACUGAGAAGAUAUUUUCCUGCCAUCUUGAGUUUUUUACUUUUUAUUUUUAUUUCUUGAUUUUAGUUAUGGCACAAGGGGUGCUUAUUUCUGCCAUUUCUCAGUUUACUAGCAUACUCAUACUGGAGAUUUAUUUUAAAACCUGGAGGAUGCAUUUAGAGGGAGAAAACUGCUUACAGUCAAUACACCAUGCCUUUCAAAAGGGUAAUUAUAUACUAGGAAAAAAAUUCAAAGUCUGGUGCACACUUGAACACUAAGUUUCUCAGGUUUCAUUAUUUUGAUAUGGUUUGAAAUCAGGUAAAUCCAAUGAUAAAUAAUUUGCUUUCUGGAACAUAAGCUUUCUUUGAACUCUGAGGCAAGAGACAUCAGACAUUCUAUUUUCCAUUUAUUACUCAUUUUCCUCCAAGUACAUCAGUUUCUCCCAAGUAGCUGAUUCUAUUUCAAAUGAAUAACAUGUAUUUUUAUAAUGCAUCCUCACUUUCUUCUGAAUUAAUAUUCAUCUGUGUGAAAUACUCUGGUUUUGAGAGGUGGUACAAGAGAUAUCUAUUUAUGGUUGGUUUUUAAAAACCUUUGGAAUAAUGUUAACAGUGAUGAGAGCUUUUCUCACGCUGUACUUGUCAAAAAGAAAAUAUGGGUCUUGUGCAUCUUGUGGAAGGACAGUGCUGUGCUUGCAAUGUUGAAGUGACUUGGGAAAUGGUCCUCAAGUAAACGCAAACAAUUGUCAAGCCUCAUGAUCUUACCUACAUGGAGUCUCACAAGGCUUGGUGGUUGUGAAGAAAGGACAUUCAGAAAUCAAAGGUGAUAGGGACACCACUGCUCACUUUUUUUGACCUAACAAAUAGAAUUUCCAGUUGGAAACUUCUUGUUCCCAAGCUCCUGUACCAUUUUAUAAUAGAUAUUUAAUGAGGGAAAUAAGCUCUACUAUGUAAGGCACAAAGGGGCACAGGGUCACUCAAGAAUAAAGCAUAGAAUGGUUUCUUUAUGAAAAAGACGUAGUGCAAAGCUACACUUAACUCCAAUUACACACCCAAUACAAAGCUCACCGUUCAGCUUCUUAUACUGUCCUCACACUGUCCGUUUCCAAAUAACUGCUCUACUGAGAUCAGCUAAAAAAGUGUCUUAUUUUUUACUGUAAAUUGUUCUAGGCUCUUGCUGUCACAAAAACAAUGGAAUGAAAUAAGAAUAACUUGGUGGCUAUAUAAGUGAGGGCAGUUUUAACUUGUAUUGGCUUUUCUGCAUUAUUUCUCAUAUGCACCUAGUGAAUCGCUAUGGCAUUGCCUGUGAGCAACUAUCUGAGCAAUGUCCUUAUUUUCAUGUGUAAGGUAAAGAGGAAGUAGAGAAAGAAGAAAAUGUUUAAUUUAGUUAAGGCCACAUGCCAAUUUAGUGGUCAUGCUAGCUAUAAAACUUACUCUUUUCUAGCCUUGGCUCUUACAUUAUAAUGCAUUUCUUUUUUUUCCUUUGGCCUAUGCAUUUAUCCAAGGUUGGUUUCUCCUGUUCCUGUUAUGUGACUAUGCUUAAAAUGUUUAAUUUAGUUUCCUUUAAAAAAAGUCCUGUGACUGAAGUGUUAUAUUGCUGUGCUAUCUUUAGCUGAUGGUAUUCAUAGAGUCUGGAAAAAUACAAGCCAGUACACGCAUUAAUACUCAGACCACAGAGAGUUGGCAUUAACUCAAAUGCUAAAUAAGACACAAGGGUCUGAUUUGAAAGCCCACAUGGAAGGCUUUUCAGUCCUGUGGUGUGCAUUCUCCACCAGAUGGAGCAGAGGUCUUUUGUGUGACGUGCAGUUUGCAUCCAGCUCCCGUUCUGCCUCAUGUUGGCAGAUAAAACUUUCCCCAAGCCCCACCACACAUGGAAGAGACAGCUUAGGUGAGAUAAAGGAAUUAUUUCUUCACCAGAUGAAUCCACCGAUGAUCCUAUAUUUAGUGGGUGUGAUUUUUUUUCACAAAAGGUUUAGAAUGGGGACUCUACUUUGAAAGUAGAUCUCCUUUGAAUUUUCACAUUUGGAUGAGGAGGCCUCCCCAUGCCAGCAGGGUGCCUUUUACAGGAGAGUUGAGGAUAGUUUGCAGUGCAGAGUUGAUUAUUACAGUCUAGCGUUAGGUGAAAGGGGAUAAUUUUAAGUCUCCUGCUUGUUCUGUUGCCUUCUUCCACACCCACGUGUGGCUGUUCCAGCAAGAACCCCAACUGGGUAGAUUGCCAAUGUGAUGGCAAAGGAGGGUUUGCACAGCAGAGGGGUCAACUGGCAUGGACACAUAUAAGCUGAGCCUGGCUAGACUGGAGCUAUUGUGAUCGAUUUUUCCAAGAAUCCAUUAAGAUUUGAGGGCCUAUAUUUCUGCUCCAGCCUCUUAAUGAGGUUACAUGGCUUCACUCACUUGAAUUAGGCAGUUGCCAUUCCUUUAGUAAAUGGAGCAAAUUAAACAUUGAAUUGGCACUUCCCACUGCCUGGAGAGAAAUAAACCUCACAAACUAUUACAGCAAAAGCAUGUCCCCAUUUAUAAUUUAUGAUACCUGCAUUUACUCAGAAUCUGUUGCUACUUAAAAAUCAGGGAGGAAGAGCUCAUGCUCCUAUUUUUGGCACAAAAAUCUCUGAAAUGGAAAUGGAUUAUCAUCUGAACUAACUUGGGAAAUAGAUUUCUAGGAUAAAAUUAGAUAAUUCUCAUGUUUGUUGAGUACCAUAGGUUUCUUUUUCAGUUGUUUUUGCCUGACUUAAUAUUACUUUGCUUUCUUUCCUCAAAAAUGUAAAUAGGCAUGUUGCCACUGUCAUGGCAUACUUUGAUGUGUGUUUUGAAAGGUGUGUGAAUACUUAUAUUUUCAUAAUUUUUAUGAAAAUUAAUGUAGCAAACUUUAUCUUGUUUUAGAAUCAAAAUGUGAAUUUGAUAUUAAGGAAAUGAGGGUCUUGCUCUUUAUUUCAUUCCUUUUUUUUUUGUCCCUCCUGCCCCACUACCUUACCACAGCAGUUUGGCAAAUGUAGCCAGUAUACAUACAAUGUGUUUGUUCAUUUGGCUGUAGGCCAGUUGAGGGAGCAUCAUUUGGAAAAUUCGCCUGUGAAAGUGAAGUGGCAAGGAGACCGAGGACACCUCUCCAGUUUAGCUCUCCGUUCUCUGGUAAUUUGGUCAUGGGUACAGGGUACACCACCACUGCCCUUCAAUCCUCCCUAGCCAUGAUGAUUCCAGCUUCACUUUUGCUCUUUUUUAUUUUAUUUCUUACUUCUUUCUCUUUUUCUUAACUUAGAGUCAAAGUUCAUCUUUGCAUUCAUUAUGAUGUCCCCUUAAAAGCCUUUUUAGAGUAAAAAUUUAUUUCCAAAAGUCAAACUGCUUUCUUUCCUAAAGAAAACUUGAUACUGAAUUUACUAGAUGUUCAAUUCCUAGAUUAAGAUUACUUCCUUGCAUAGCAUGAGUCUACAGUGUCUCAUACUAGAAAUUCUAUAUAUUUCCCCUAGCUCCAUUUUAGUCAGGUGUGUUUUUCAUAAGUGGUCUUUUACAUAAGCAGUUUCACCUUCAAUGAAGGCUUAUAACUCAACUACUACUUAUUCAGAAGAGCACAAAACAUAUAUUGAGUGUUCAUGUGUUGCCUUACAUAUAUUUUGUAGUUGUUUCAGCUGGUAGACAUCAGUGGAUCCUUCUGAUGGAGUGUAUCUGGGUGGAUAAUAAAUAAAAAUGGAUUCAUAAUGUGGUGAUUGCAUAUUUCAUGUACAUUUUUUAUUUCUGAAUAUCAUUUCAUUCAGCUGUAUUUCAUCACCUUACAAAGAUGUAAUACAGUCAUUUAUAUGUCUUAUAUUGAAGAAUAAAUGUGGACCUUAUACAUAUUUUGGUUAAUGAGCCAAAUUAUUCAAGUAAGUGGUCUUCACAAAUGCAAUGCAAACUCUCUCCUUUAUGACAAUUCUGACAUGUUAAAACAUAUGGCAUUAAGAACUCGAGAUACCUUAAAAGAGUGGUGUCACACUUAUAGGAACCCCAGAACCAUCUGCAGGAAUAUAGGCUAGUUCCAUGGAGGAAAAAAACUUCCCUGUUUACUGAGAUAUAAAGUAUAUAGUGUCAGAACGGUGUUUAAUAAAUUAUUAAAGCAGUUAGUGGCAGUUCAAUCCCUUUAAUAUACCUCAGUGAAUAUUUUUCAGACCCUAAAGAAUGUUUGCUUCAGAAACUCUACCACUGUCUUGUUUGGAAAUGCUACUGUGACUGUUCAGCUCCCAGGCCUGCCUACGUAUCUGAGGAUGACAUCUGGGUCCAUGUUAACAUUGACAUUUUAGCCUGGCAGUGAUUGACUCUCUUGGUGUCAACAAAAUCCUCCACCCCAACUUGGUUUGAGACAGCCCCACAGAAUUAUCUAUUGUCAUAAUUGCAGGCAUGUGUUCUCAUGUAAAGCAAUCCUGUCCAUCUUUUUUGAGCCCCAGGCUUUCCCCCCUUAAACUUCUAGGUGAGGCAGGCAUUUUAACUUCUUCCCCGAAGUGAGGAAAACUUAUUGAUCCUCUGAUAUUCUGUGAUAUAACAAGAACUAUAUAUUUGGUCUUUGUCCCUGGAUCUUGGCGCAGAGUUCCUAAAACUCUUGUAAUUUCCUAAGUGACAGAGGUGAGAGGAGCAUCUGCUGUUGUUCAUAAACAGCCACUUUCAAUCAUACCAGAGUCUCCUCAACUGAGGUGGCUCUUGGAGGGUAGGCCUGGUUGCCAGAGGAACCAACCAUAUGAUUAGUGGGUUGAAACUUUCAGCUGCAUCCCUCCACUUUCAGGGAGGGGAAAGGAGCUGGGUAUUGAGUUAAUCACUAAGAGCCAAUGAUUUUAUCAAUCAUACCUAUGUAAUGGAACCUCUAUAAAAAAAACCUAAACAAAGGGGUUUGGAGAGUUUCUAGGUUUGUGAACAAGAACACAUUAAUAUGCCAGGAGGGUGGCACUCCAAAGGGACAGAAGCUUCUGUGCUUAGAACCUUCCCAGAACCUUACCCUGUGUACUUUUUCAUCAGGCUGUUCACUUGUAUUCUUAUUAUGUCAUUUAUAAUAAACUGGUAAUAGUAAAGUUUUUCCUUGAUUUCUGUAAGCAAUUAGAGAAAAUUACUUAACCUUAGUAGGCGGUUGUGGGAAGCCUUUAUUUAUGGCCAAGGCAGACUGAAGUUUGGGUAA